AAAUGUAGGGCUUCUUCGAGUCUCUUUGUUUUUCGAUGAUGAAUAGAGAGAUGUGUUUGUCGAUUUUUCGCGUCUUCUGCAUUGUAUUUAUAAUCUACAGCAGUAUCAGACUGUACUUCUACAUUCGAGAUAGUUCAGCAACUACUUCGGAUGAAGAACCUAAUGCAGCGUUUCAAAAUUUUCAAUUGCAAAGUAGAUAUCAACCAUGCAAUGUCCAACAAACAUUUAAACCUAAAAUGGAAAACAUAUCCGAGGAUGAACUACAACCUACGCUCGUGCACUCUGCAACGCCAAUUCAAAUCGACCAGUCAAGUGCACUUUCAAAUGACAGAAGCUCGCCUACUAUGGGACAGCAACAGCAAAACUUAAAUCCAGAGACAUCGCCAUCUUCAGAAAGUGUGCAAACUCUGAAACCACCAAGAAAAUACAGAAUACUGAAAUUAAUUUUGUAAUUAAUUAUGCCAUUCUAUAUAAGACGUUCGAAAAUUUGGUUGGUUUGAGACAAUAGUCUGGAGGAAAAUGGAAAUCUUUAAUUUUUAUUAAUAAACAUUACAAUACGUGAUUUAAAAAAAUUAAGAAUACUUAGUGUAGAACAUGUUAAAUCAAAAUUUAAUUUAAUUUAAUUAAAUAAUUUUUCAAUGCUAAUAGAAUGGAUCAAAAUUUAAUUUUGAUCCAUUCUAUUAGCAUUGAAAAAUUAUUUAUUAGUUAUAUCAUACAAGGAAACUGGAGUGAAAUUCCUAUUAUUCUAACUGACAUAGAUUACAGCACAUCUAGAUAUUCAAAUUAUCUAGAUAAUUUGAUUGUCUUUUUUUGCCUUACGGCAAAUGUGCAUUUGCUGUAAAACAACUGAGGCAUUCUAUUAGAUCAAAGGGGCAAUUUACCCAGAAGGGUUAUUAAUUUCGUUUUGGCAUUUUGCUUUGGUUCAGUUUUCAAAUUGUUGCCACCAAAUAUUGCAUUAUAUUUAAAGAAUUUAAGUAAUGAAGAA